AUGUCUUCUCCGCUCUCCAACAGCAAACGCAAGCGCGCCGACUCCCAACACUUGUCCACAGCAGAUAUCGCCAAGUCAUCUACCACUGAUCUCCUGCAGCCGUCGUCUCGUGAUGCUUCUGGCGAAGAGGGUGACGAUUCGACUGGCCCAACUAUCCCCCCGGUCAAGGCCACUAACAAUCCGCCUCUGAAACGCGCCCGGAAGGCUUCCGUGAGCGAAGGGCAAAGUGCCGACACGGGAAAGGAUGCUUCAAUCAGCAAGGAAGAUCCCGGCGAACCCUCGGAAACUACACCGGCUAGCAGUGACAUUGAAAUGCACACCAAGGCCCGACCUGGUUUGCAUGUAAACACAAAGCACGAACAAGAGUUGAUGAAGCCACCCGUCUUAGGUAAACUCCGGGACCCUGCUGGUGGCUACAAGACGAAUCCGCCGCCUGAGGGACGUCCAGUGCGAGUAUAUGCAGAUGGUGUAUUCGAUUUGUUCCACGUCGGCCAUAUGCGACAGCUCGAGCAGGCCAAGAAAGCUUUCCCGGAUGUAUACCUCAUAGUUGGCGUCACUGGAGAUGAAGAGACUCAUGAGCGGAAAGGGCUCACAGUCCUGAGCGGUGCAGAGCGGGCCGAGAGUGUCCGUCACUGCAAAUGGGUUGACGAGGUUUUCCCCAACUGCCCAUGGAUUGUCACACCCGAAUUCAUCAAUGAGCACAAGAUCGACUACGUUGCGCAUGAUGAUUUGCCGUACGGAGCCGCGGAAGGGGACGAUAUUUAUGCCCCUAUCAAGGCCCAAGGAAAAUUCCUUGUGACCGAGCGAACGGAGGGUGUGAGCACUACUGGUGUUAUUACAAGAAUUGUUCGUGACUAUGAUCGAUACAUCUCCCGGCAAUUCAAGCGUGGUGCAUCAAGACAAGAAUUGAACGUAUCAUGGUUGAAGAAGAACGAGCUGGAGAUCAAGCGACAUGUAUCAGAACUUCGUGACAGUAUCAUGACCAAUUGGACGAACACUGGUCAGGAACUGAGUCGAGAGCUGCGGCAGCUGUGGAACUCCAGACCGAACAGUCCAGCUCCCAGCACGAGGACCAGCAUGGACUGGGGAAGCUCGCGCGGCGUUGUCAGUCCUACCGGCGGCGGCAAGUCACAUGUAACUCGUGUGGAAGCAUUGGGUCGCCCAGAGAGCAUCACUGGAAGGGAGCCGGAUUUCGCAACCGGUUAUAGCUUAGGGUUGAUCGGGGGCGUUAGAGCCUGGAUGCGCAGUCGUCGUUCUCUCCUCGAAAGCCGAGGCCAGUCACCGACCAGCGAAGAAGAGCAUGAGUCUGAAUUAGAACGCAGUAACGGCGAGGGCCCGUCUGAAUCAAAGCAGUAA